AUGGAGCAGCACUGGGCUGACUGGAGCGACGCCGGGCUUUGGCAAUGGGCACCCGACGAAGAAGACGAUGAGCUCGUCUACUUUCGCUGCAGCUCGUCCGGACGCUGUGCCGAUCUAUUACCAGCUCCGCCCGAGUUUGUUCCACCACCGCCGGCUCCGCCGGGCGUCUGCGCGGCCGGUCUGAUCUCGGACGAUCUUCAAUUUUGUCCUGCCAGUCAGCUGAUGGGAGACCGCGCACUUAGCUCACUCCUUGGUCCGUCAGCGUUGCCUGUCUUCACGAUAUGCUGUGCCAUUCUACUCACGCUCACCAUGGUCGGAAUUUUCUUAUUUUGCAAACACAAGAAGAAGGUCGAGCAUUUCCUUCCAUGCAAGUCAAAUCAGGUACCGGGAGCGCCUGGUCAGUCGCAGAUUUCCGCACCGGGAAUCAAUCCUCUGUUGUUGAAUUCAAAUCACACGGCCACCUUACAUCCGUUCCUGCAGGGCGAUGGCCUCAAUCCUAUUGAGCUCUCCGAUGUCAAAUGCGGAUCUUACGGUCAGCAGGGCAUUACGACACUCCCGUCGGCGUUCCGUGGCAUAGUCACGCCGUCUGUGAUUUCUCUGAACGAUCCCCAAAGGUCACAACGGCGAAAACCUGCGGGCGCCAACAAAGAACAGUACAACCCGAUCUACGAGCAAGUCCUCGACCAGGACCGCCAAGACGAUGAGCACGGCAGCGAUCUGGAGUCGGGCCGGAAGCAGAGCUGCUCUUCCGAUUCGAUGGAGCUCAACAGCAAUAUGCAGUAUGGGCAUGGUCUCGAACCGAAGCAGAGCUACUACCAGUCCAAAACGCCGCUAGCCUUCCCUCCGAACGGUCAAGGGCGGGGGAUUCCCGGUCAGCAGCCAUCGCAACAACAACAACAACAAGCAAACACACUGACACGAAGAACGCUUCUCCAUCCCUACCAGAGCACAGGACCCGUAACGGAGAAUAUCUACGCGGUUAUCGACGACGAGGUCCACCAGUCGCCUCGUUUGCCGUACACUAUGGAUCGGCUAAAUGGGUGUCAACGACGAAUGCCCGUUGUUAGUGUCCAGCAGCCUCAACGACAGUACGCGACGGGCGGACGUCUACCCGUAGGUGUGAAUGGGGGACCACGGCAAAUGUUACCUUCGCAACGCCAGCAAGCGCAAUAUCCCUCAGUGUAUAGCGAACCACAGGAUAUGUCGCCCUACUCGAAUACGUGA